AUGAGCCGCACAAGAAAAGAUGUACAAGGUGUGAAGGAUCCCAAGGGUAAGAAAAGAAUCUCGUCACAUGACUCUGUCAACUCCCUUGCACCAUCGAAGCUACGCAAACAUAAUAGUCCUCAUUAUAAUGAUGGAGAUUGUGUGCUUCUGAAGGCCUCUAAUCCGGAUGAUCCACCAUAUGUUGCUCAGAUUGUUGAAUCUAAGGCUAAAAAAGUGAAAGUAAGAUGGUACUAUAGACCCCAAGACACUGAACUGUGGAAGAAAGACUGUGACACUGACAUGUGGAAGAAAGACUGUCAGGGGAAAAAAGAAUUGUUUCUAUCUAACCACGUUGAUCCUCAAAGUCUAGAUUGUAUCCUAGGAAAGUGUACCGUGCACACUUUCCAAGAAUAUAUGGAGCUUGAAGGUCGGCGUUCUGAUUCCGACUACUACAGUCGAUUUGAGUAUGAUAUUUAUGAGGAAAAAUUGAUUGAUGUCAAAGAUGCUGAUUGGCUGUGCAUUUGCGGGAAUCCUUACAAUCCGGAUCUGUAUGUCCAUUGUCAGAUAUGCAAAUCAAGGUUCCAUCCAUCUUGUACCAACACUGAUGCAAAGAGUUCAUGCAUUAUUUUUUGUGAUAACUGCAAGAACUCUCCUAGCCAGGAGCAAGCUGCGGACAAGCGCUUUGAAAGAUCUGUUCACGUUUUCGAUUCAGAUGAUGGUGACGGUGGUGGAGAUGGUGGAGGUGAAGGUGGAGAUGGAGGAUGGAUGAUUGUAGCGGAGGUCUGGGCGGCUUGA